AUGGCUGCUGAACAAGACUUCACAAAGCGAAAGUUAUGGGGUGGUCGAUUCACCGGCUCGACCGAUCCUUUAAUGCACGAGUUCAAUCAAUCUCUCAAAUACGAUAAGCGAAUGUACGCAGCAGAUGUCAAAGGAUCCAUUGCGUUCUCAAAAGCUUUGUUAAAAGCCGGUAUCGUCAAUGAACAUGAACAAAAAGAGAUUGAAAGAGGAUUGAAGGUUGUCGAAAGUGAAUGGGCUGAAGGCAAGUUCGCUGUUCAACCUGAUGACGAGGAUAUUCACACCGCCAACGAAAGACGAUUAUCCGAGAUAAUCGGUAAAGAUAUUGGAGGUAAAUUACAUACUGGUAGAAGUAGGAACGAUCAAGUUGCCACGGAUAUGAGAAUCUGGCUUAUGGAAGAAUCUACUAUUAUCGAAGGAUAUUUGAAAGAUUUCUUGAAUGUGAUGGUAUCCAGAGCUGAAAAAGAAGUAGAUGCAGUCAUGCCUGGAUAUACACAUCUUCAAAGAGCUCAACCCGUUAGAUGGUCGCACUUAUUAUUAUCACAUACACAAUCAUUCUUAUCUGAUUUAGAAAGACUUCGUCAAUUACAACCUAGAAUUUCAGUUUUACCUUUAGGUUCAGCUGCUUUAGCUGGUAAUCCUUAUUCACUCGAUCGAGAGUUGUUAAGAAAAGAAUUGGGAUUCAAUUCAAUCGGUGAAAAUUCAAUGCACGCUGUUGCCGAUAGGGAUUUCAUCGUUGAAUGGUUACAAUGGGCUAGUUUAUUACAAAUUCAUAUGAGUAGAAUGGCAGAAGAUUUAAUCAUUUAUUCAAGUGCUGAAUUUGGUUUUGUUCAAUUAAGUGAUGCUUAUUCCACCGGAUCAUCCAUCAUGCCUCAAAAGAAAAACCCCGAUUCAUUGGAAUUGCUUCGUGGUAAAUCAGGAAGAACAUUCGGUCAAAUGGCAGGUUUCAUGAUGUUCUUGAAAGGUGUUCCAUCAACCUAUAACAAAGAUCUACAAGAAGACAAAGAACCUUUGUUCGAUGCUGUUGAUACUAUCUCGGCUGCUUUGAGAAUCGCAGAAGGAGUCAUCGCUACUUUGACCAUCAACCCCGAGAAGAUGUUCGCAGCACUUACCAUGGACAUGUUGGCGACUGACGUUGCUGAUUACCUCGUUCGAAAAGGAGUACCAUUCAGAGAAACACAUCAUAUAUCAGGUCGAUCAGUAGCUUUGGCAGAACAGACUAAAGUACAAAUCUCAGAUUUGGCUUUGGAGCAAUGGAAAGAUUUAAGUGAACACUUCACUGAAGAUGUACAUGAUAUUUUCAACUUCGAAAAUUCAGUUGAAAAAAGAAAUGCUAUUGGUGGUCCAGCUAGAAUCAUGAUUAAAAGACAAGUCGAAGUUGCCAGACAAAGGAUUGGUAACUAG